AUGUGGUGGGAUUCGAGUACCUGGCAUACAGGCCUGCCUGGGCAGCGCUGUCCGUGGACGGAGCGCACCGCCUACCUGCGCCGCAUCGCCGACCUGAUUGAAGCCAACAACCAGCUCCUGGCUGAGUUCGAGUCCCUUGACCAAGGCAAGCCGGUCAAGUCGGCAGCCAUGAUGGAUUUCCCGGCGUGCUCCUGGCUACUUCCGCCAGUUCUCCGACUACGUCGAGGCAGGCAUCGAGGAAAGCUGGGCCCCGCCCUGGCCCUGGGCAACACCGUCAUUGUGAAGCCGACUGAGCUGACCAGCGUCACUCCUUACCUGCUCACCAAGAUCAUCGAUGCUGCCGGCGUCCCUCCCGGCGUCAUCAACAUUCUGUUCGGCACUGGCCAGGGAUGCUGGUGCGCCGCUGGUCAAGCACAAGGAUGUGCGUGCGGUUUCAUUCACUGGCGGCUCGCUGACCGGCUCCAAGAUUGGCGCUAUGGCCUGGCGGCCUCUACAAGCGCGUUUCGACUGGAGCUCGGCGGCAAGAACCCGUCGAACCAGGGCGAGAUCUGCCUGUGCACAUCGCGCGUCUAUGUGCAGCGCAGCAUCUACGACAAGUUCCUCGACGCCUUCCGCCAGAAGGUGCUGGAGCAGGUGCGUGUCGGCAACCCGAGCGACCCGCAGACCUUCUACGGCCCUGUGGUCAGCGCCCAGCACCAGGAAAAGGUCACGGGCUACAUCCGCCUGGCGCAGCAGGAGGGUGCAAACGUCGAGUUCCUUAUUAACCCGGCCGACAAGGCUGUCAAGAAUAUUGCUGCCGACGGAAAGCUCACCAUUGACGGGUUCGAGGGCGGGUACUAUAUUGCGCCGACCCUGAUCACCAACAUCUCGCAAAAGAGAUCUUUGGUCCCGGUUGUCGCCGUCCUGCCGUUUGAUACUGAGGAGGAGGGCGUGGCUCUGGCCAACGAUACCGAGUACGGCCUUGGCGCUGUUGUCUGGACCGAAGACAAGCAGAGGCUGGCCCGCGUGCAAAGCCAGAUCAACUCUGGGAUGGUCUGGGGCAACUGCUGGCUCAGCUGGGACGAUGAGAUGCCGUUCGGCGGUAUGGGCUGCUCGGGAACUAGCCGCGAGCACGGCAAGUGGAGCCUGGACUUCUACACGGAGCUGAAGGCCAUCUACACCUACAACGAGUGA